UAUCGCUUUUGCUCUCUCACAUGAGUUUCAACACUGAACCAGUGCUAUAUUGUGCUUCCUAAUAAGUGUUGCCGAAAUUUCAAUUCAGUCUCGAAAAAAAUGACGAGUGAACUAGUCGAGGAAGUGCCCAGAUUUCUCAAUGAGGCUUACAUUGAGGGUCUCGUGAAGAAGGUGGAGAACUCAGAGAGGGUCAAAGUGGAAAAGUAUGAGUUGAAGCCAGUGACGAAGAAAGGAAAUCACUAUGCCAGUGUCAUGGUGCGGAUUAUAGUGAAUUAUGUCGUGGAAGCCACUAAGCAUAAGCGAGUGUCUCUCAUUCUCAAGACGACGUACGACGAGAAGAGCAAUGACGCAGAGACUGUUAAUUUCAUGAAGGAAUUCGAUGUUCACAGUAGAGAAAUGACAAUGUACAGACAUAUCCUGGAUGGUUUUCACAGUCUUCUAGCCACAAUUAACGACAACACUGUCUUCAGCGCCAAGAGAUACACUGAAGACAUUUCCACCAACACAAUGGUGUUUGAGGAUCUUCUAGAGCGCGGAUACAGUUGUCCGAAUAGAAUUGAGAGACUCGAUAUGAAUCAUGCCAAAUUGGCUUUGGGAAAAUUGGCCAAAUUCCAUGCAACUUCAAUUAUCUACAGAGAAAAAAAUCCUCAAGCUUAUGCCACAUUCAACAGGGCGUUCUUAUCGCGAAACACUAUAGAUGCUCGAGAUUUCUGUCUCAAACACUACGACAGUCUGUUGAAGGUGAUGUCCGAUUGGUCAGGUUAUGAAUAUUACUUGGACAAGUUGACAAAGUUCAGAGACAACUUUGUCGAAAGAGGCAUAGAUUUGUGCGAUCCUGAUCUAUCGGACAUUAAUGUUCUCCUUCAUGGUGACUUUUGGUCCAACAACAUGAUGUUCAAGUACGACAGUGCCAAAAAUCCAAUCGAUGUAAUUUUCGUUGACUUUCAACUGCCCAAUUGGACCACGCCUGCAGUUGAUAUUCUUUACUUUAUCCAUACGUCAAUGAAGGAGGAUUUGCGAAUGCAGAAGCAAGACGAAUUGGUGCAAUAUUAUUACAACAUUUUGAAGAAGACACUAAUUGAUGGCUACAAAUAUAGUGGAAAAUUCCCUACUCUCCACGAAUUCCAAGUACACAUUCUCAAGAAGAGUCUACAAAUUUUCAUUUCCGCGUUCAUCGUUCAGCCAAUCAUCGUCAUGGAUGAAAAUGUGGAAACUGACCUCUUCAUUCUCAUGGAUAAGGAUGAAAAGGGACAAAAAUUCACAGAGAACAUGUAUCGAAAUCCACAUGUUGUGACAGCUGUGAAAAAUCUCCUUCCCAUUUUGGAUGCGAAGGGAAUCCUGGAUUACACUCCUUUCAUCGGGACUCCAAGCAGUUGUACAGUGACUUUCUUCAUCGCCAGAAUGGAUCUAAAAAAUAUCCCCGUUCCUCAGUGGCUCACAAAGGAUUACAUUCAGAAAGUGUUGCGGAAGUACAAAAAUGAUACUUUUCUCCUUGUAAAGUCCUUUCAAUGCGUUCAAAUCAGUGGAAAUAGGGGUGAACAGUUCCCGAGUUUAAUGUGGAGGGUUUCUGUGGAGUAUGAAAUCGCAAAGACUAAAACAGUGGUCAAGGGAUCGUAUAUAGUGAAGACAUCAAUGGAGAAGACAUGUCCUGAAGUGAAACUCUUCGCCUCACAUGGACUUUUUCCGCGAGAAGUGGAGAUGAAUGAGAAAAUCCGACCUGAAAUGGCCAGAAUUCUCUCAAAUGUUGGUGACAAUUCCCAAUUAUUUCCAAUGGCCAUCGCUUGUGACCAUGAAAGAGAGGCGAUUGUGUUUCAAGAUCUCGUUCCACGAGGCUAUAAAAUCAUUGACAAGGACAAGAGAUUGGAUUUAGUCCAUGCCGAAAUGGUGUUAACUAAAUUGGCUAGAAUGCACGCAGCUUCAGUAGUUUUCAGUCACUCAGAACCGGAAAUAGUGGAUAAUUUUACAGUUGGACUUCUGAGUAGAGCAAAUUCGGAAGUCAAUAAAAUUCUCAUAUCAAAUCUCGAGGCAUUGAUUGAUGUGGUGGAAAAGUGGGAGAAAUUUGAAAAGUACAAAUCAUCGCUCAAGAAAAUUCAGAAGAACUUCUGCCAGAGAGGCAGUGAUGCAUAUAAGGCAUCAGAUCGUCACAUAAAUGUCCUCAUUCACGGUGAUCUAUGGACAAAGAAUGUCCUUUUCAAGUACAACUCCAAGAACGAACCAAUAGACGUUCUGCUGGUGGAUCUCCAGUUCUGCUGCUGGACUUCACCUGCCGUGGAUUUACUCUACUUUUUCCACACAUCCCUUCAAGAGGACAUUCGUCAGACGAAAAUAGAUCAUUUGGUUUACUUCUAUCACACAGAAUUAUUCCAAAUAUUGAGCAAAUUCCCCACAAUUCAGGAAAUUCCAUCACUUCAUGAAUUGCAGAAUAUGCUUCAAGAGAGACAGUUUAUAACCUUUUUUGCUGGUCUCCUUAUGCAACCUUCAAUGAUAGUUGAGGCCAAGGAGCUUCCCACGAAGCCUUCACGUGAUAUCGACCGUGACAGAGGAAAAGUGUCUGCAAUAUAUAAAAAUUCUAAAGUUGAACGAGCAAUCAAAUAUUUGCUCCCACUUUUAGAGAAGCAGGGUGUUCUGGAUUAAUUUAUGAUCUGCUGCGUUUUUAUGUGUCAAUGUCAUGAGAUUAAGAUUAUGUAGAUUCAACUACAACUUAGUGUUGCAACAGCAUGAAUUUCUUAUUAAAAAAAACGCGGAAAUCCUAUCCCAAGAAUGAUUAUUCAAUUUUUCUGGUAAAAUUGUAAGUUUUUCCACUAUAAUAUAGUGCAAAGCACUGUUAAGAUUGAUAUCAUGUCAUUCUGAUAAGCAUAUCACUGUGUUAUUUAGAUAUUUCACGCAGUGUUUAUAUAUUUUAUUAUCUUUUCCCGCGAGAAAAUAUGCAAGUAAGAGUGACAGAGUCUUACUUAGGCAAGACGCUUUUUUCUCAGCAUUCACUCAUUCUGAUUGUAGUGAAAAAACAUCAACUAUGGCAAUUUUCGCAAUCAACUUGUGGAUAAUCAACAGGUUUCUGGGAAGUCUUUUUGCCCCACAACCCUAAUUCGCUACUGUUAAUUUUCUUAUUUUUUGUCACGCUAUGUAUAUGAAAAAUGAUAUAAAUAUAAUUGAUCA